AUGUAUAAUGCUUUGACAAUAACAGAAAUUGCAUCACAAAGCGAUUUCAAACGAUGGUCAGCAAAACAAGUAAAAGAAUGGGCUACAAAAGAAGUUCAAGUAAGAGAAGAAUAUGCCCAGAUGCUUCUUGAUAAUGAUGUAGAUGGAGAAAGUAUCGCAGUGUUUACAGAGGCUGAUUUUAGUAAAUGUGGCAUAGUCGUAGCACCUGCAAAGAAGCUCUAUCUGGCUGUUCAACAACUUUUAAUUAAACAACAACAAUCGCUAUCGCAUCAACACAGCAGCAGUAGAGACAAUCCCAACCCUAUACAGGACAAAUCAAAGACUUGGGAACAGUGGAAUAUUGAAGAAGUGUAUGGAUGGGCAAAAAAUCAAUCCGAUGGGGAGGACUAUGCUCAAGCAUUGAAAGAUCAAUCCAUCAAAGGGCAGUUUUUGAAAAAUCUUACCUUUGCAAGAUUAACUCAGUCAGACGGUCCCUAUAAAUUCAAAGAUGGUUCUGCCUAUUCUCUUCUUGAAUCAAUCGAAAAGCUCACGAAAAGUACUCCAGCCGAUGCUCCUCAAGUUUGUUCUCAUAUUACAGGCCCUUCACUUGCCUCAUUGUUGUUGGUCAAUCCAUCUCCAACCAUUCCUAAAUAUCAACCAAUCACAUUAAUAUCACUGGACACUCAAAACCUCUACCUUUUGUUAGAAUGCGAUAGGAAGAAAGUUGUAAAAACCAUCAUUUCAUACUUCCAUUUAUCUGAUCCAAAUGUGAAUAUAUUUUGGAAUAAACUUAACAUGGCCGAAAUAGUUGAGGAAGCAGUGAAACAAAAAGUCUCUCUUGGAGAAUCUACUCUGGAUUCUGAUUCGACAAUUUGUUGUCUCAAAUUGAGUGAGUCACUAUUCCCAACAAAGAGAGAGAAAUACAACAAGAUUUAUGUACGAGAUUGUUAUAUCCCUGUGUAUGAUAUCAUCAGCAAUCACCAAGCUCUUCAUGGUCAAGGUUCAAUUGUACUGGUAAAAGGAAAUCCUGGUAUCGGCAAAUCAGUAUUUCUUUUCUACUACCUGUACCGCAAGAGAAGAGACCCUUUAGUCAAAUCAAUAAUAUACGAUGUUGUUGAUGCACCCGUCUACCACUUUACUUAUACCGAGGAUGGGAGUCCAAUCGUUCACCAAGGAGAUAGAUCCUCUUUCAAGGAUAUCCUUCUUCGACCAGAUUCAUCAUCUCUUUACCUCGUUGAUGGUCAGCGCCCACUGCCAUCCAAAAGACCCACUUUGAUUGUGUCGUCACCAAACAAGUCAAAUUAUGAGGAGGAGUACAUGAAGAUGUUGAAAGCCGAUACUUUAGAUGGGGUGGAAUUCCAAGUACUUGAUAAAAUCAGUGUAUCUGAUCAAGGACUUCUCGUCAAUGCCAUCUCCUGUACAGACCUUGAAGCAUGCGUUAGUAGUAUCAACAUGCCAGACUCACCACAGUCAGGAAGUCACAAAGUGAUUCAUUUGGACGUCGAACCAAACUGUCCAGAUUUUUCGGUGCCACGAGUCUCCUUCGCUUCCAACUACGUCAAAGAAAAGAUGGUUCAAAGAUUCUAUUGGAAUUGGAGGGAAGAAGUUAUCAAAAAAAUUUCUUUGGUUGGUACAACUCAGAUUGGCGGUUUACUCUUUGAGCAGCUGUCUCACCAGACUCUUAGUAAUGGAGGCAGAUAUAUUAUCAGAUCACUUGAAGAAGAAGAAGACAAUCUUUGCGAAAGCCACCUUCACUUUUUCCCCACAAAUUUUGGUUUUGUAAAGAAUACUGCCGAGCUAGUUGAAAGACGUAACUCUGACAAUCGUUUCCCACCAGAAACCUAUGUUAGACCAACCGAUUUGAACUUCCCAGCAAUUGAUUCCUUUGCAGGAAAAUAUCUAUUUCAAAUCACCAAAACCAACCAACACCCUGUCUCUUUUAAAGAACUCACUCAUAUCACUUAUAACCUUGAUCCCUUAACCCCAAUAGAUCCAACAAAACUACCAACAAUGGCUGAUGCAUCAACAACAACAACAACAACAACGGCUGAUGCAUCAACAACAACAACAACUGCUGAUACAUCCACAACAACUGCUGAUGCAUCCACAACAACUGCUGAUACAUCCACAACAACUGCUGAUGCAUCCACCAAGUAUACCACAUUCCACCUCAUUUUUGUCGUCCCUCCCGAACGCUUCGAGUCGUUCCCUCGACAAGAUUAUGUGGAGCUCAAAACACAAACUGACCCCAAUGGCAAGAAGAGUUCCACCAAAACCAGAGUAAAAGGCCCUCGUAAUGUACGUCAAUAUGCUCUCCAAAUGGUUUUUACCUCUAUCCCCGCUAGUGAAUUGUAUCCCGUGGGAAGUGAUGUUGACAAUUUAAUUAAUUGUGGACCAAACAAACCAUUAAAUCUUAGGGUAACCGGAAUUUAA